GGUGUUGUUUUAGGUUGAAAUCUAAGGUAGUGGGUCCUUUGACCAUGCAUCCCCCUGCUGAGGACAACUAUGGUACAGAUGCCUGCUCUCUCCUGUGCAUCCACUCCACUCCACCAGUACUAGUUAUAGCUACAAGUGAUGGUAAUUUGUACCACUGUGUGGUUCUCAAUAAGGGCGAGGAUGAUGAUUCUUUAUCUGAGGUAUCUUGGACUGGGACUGAAGCCAGCACACAAUAUGAUACACUGUCAGAAACAUCACUGUAUGUGUAUGAGAGAGUGGAACUGGAGCUGUCACUAACUACUGUUGCUGUGGAAACUGAUGAGCUGAUUGAAGAUGAUUUUACUUGCCCAAUAAGGCUGCAUACAGAUCCAAGUACAAAAGACAGAUAUCAUUGUUUGCACAGUGCAGGGGUACAUGCAGUGGUGUUACCUUGGUUAAACAGACUACAAGAUUUUACAGAAAGUAGUUCAGAAUCUUUACUUGAAGUUGGUCAGCAAGAAGCAGUAGUUGAACACAUCAUCUGCACAAAACCUUUGCCCUCAAGUCCUGCCUGUCCAGUCAUGGGGUUAGAUAUAGUGGACAACCAUUUAUUGGGAACAACACUGAUAAUACUUACAGCAGCAAUGGAGUGCUUAACUGUACCUUUGGUGUAA